CAAAACAUUCUCAAUCUCAAGUUUCCAGAAACGAACACGGAAAACAGAGAGACAAAAAUCGGAAAUCAGAUUAAGGAAAGGCGAAAACGGGAAAUUGUAGAAGAUGGGGCUGAGUGACGAUCAGGUAUCAUCAAUGAAGGAAGCCUUCACCCUGUUCGACACGGAUGCUGACGGGAAGAUUGCGCCGUCCGAGCUCGGAAUCCUGAUGCGUUCUCUCGGUGGAAACCCUACCCAGGCUCAGCUGAAGAACAUAAUCGCCGAGGAGAGCCUCAAUGCGCCUUUCGAUUUCAAUCGAUUUCUUGACCUAAUGGCGAAGCAUUUGAAGCCUGAGCCCUUCGAUCGCCAGCUACGCGACGCGUUCAAGGUGCUUGAUAAGGAUGGUACUGGAUUUGUGGUCGUUUCGGAUCUCAGGCACAUUCUCACUAGCAUUGGGGAGAAAUUGGAGCCUGCAGAGUUUGAUGAGUGGAUCCGGGAGGUGGAUGUUGGAUCCGAUGGCAAGAUCCGGUAUGAGGAUUUCAUUGCGCGAAUGGUGGCCAAGUGAGAAGGUAACUCCAAUUCUGGUUGUGUGCAUCCAAUUGAAGCUUGGAAUUUCUUCCUUUAGAGUAGUCUUGUAUUUGGCGUGCUGAAGCGCACUUUUUCCUUCAUUUAUUCAGUGUCCUAGUUAUUGCCAGUGGUACACAAAUUGUGGCCUGAAUUUUAAUGUGUCCUAUGUUUGCUUUUGAACAUUUUGAACCCUUUGUGUUCUAUGAGAACUUAGGGGUAUGUGCUACGACAAUUUCUGCUAGCGUGGCUGAACCAGUGUGUAUAGCUGACUUGCACUGAAAUCUUGAUUACAGUGAUUCAUGUUUCUUGAUUGUUUUACUAUGGCAUUUGGAGUACU